CUCAUUACGCACACAUAAAGAAAGAAAAACUAGAGAAGAAAGAAAGGAACAGAGAAAUAUAUAAACGAUUUUUGCAGAUUUCUGAGAAUGCCUUUCAAGAAGCCACAUCACACCUCAGAUCCUAGUUGUAUUAAACCGGAUGACAAUGGUGGCUAUAUAAUAGAACCAAGAGGACUCAACAUUGUUUGGGGAAAUGAUGAUCGCUACUGGAAAGUAACAAACCAAGGUCCUGCGGAGCUUAUACAAGUUUCAUGGCUGGAGGUUACUGGUCUAGUAAAUGUCCAAAAGAACAAGACAUACAGUGUUACAUUUGAUGUUAAAGUUAAGGAAGAUGGAUAUGGUUGGAAAGGCACUGAUGUACUAGUGAUGGCAAAACUUGGAAAAAAUGGAAAAUAUUUGUACGAAGCAGCAAAUCUAACUCCAGGUGAGAAGUUGACUGUUCCACCAAGACCAGGAGGGCUUGAGAUUAAGGUGGAUUCAAACACAACAGAAACCCAACUUCAUUUUGGAUUGUAUGAAGUAUGGAGUGGGAAAUGGAAGGGAGGGUUGGAAAUUAUCAAAGCAAGGGUCAUAGCUAUGCCCUGAAUUUAUAUAAUAGUAGUGAUUGGCUCAUUUCCUUUAUGUAUGGUUAUGAUUUGCACUGGUAGAGAUGAUUACAAGCAUAGUGAGAAUACAGCAUGCUCUGGCCACGCUGAAACAAUGUGGGCAUGGAAUAAUAUAGAAAUAAAAAAGUUUGGUGAUAUUUGCAUAAGAGCAUUUAUAAUAAAUUUAUGGAUGAUUCAAUACUAUAUAGUUUGUUUGAUAAAUGUUAGUGCUCUUCAAAAGAGUGAACCAGGUCGGUCAGUCACCUUGUUGAGUCCCCUGUAACCCUCUGUAUCAAUGCCUUUAUCUAGAUUGCUUGC